AUGUUGCGUGGUUUGGUGUGGCACCUACCCUGUGCCACAGCUGCAGCCACACACCUCGCCUCGUCAACACCGCUCACCGUCAACACCAACCGCAGCAGCACCCAAGGGCCAAUGACACCCAAACGCCCCGCCCCCUCCUCCACCUCUUCCGACGCCGCCCUAAUGCCCCCUGCCCCGCCCUCCACCACAUCCUCCAAGCGCCGCCGCCGCACCACGCACGCCCAGCACCACCGCCCCUCCCCCCUCCUCUCCACCAAGCGACAGCCAACUCGCGGCACUCGUCAACAGCGCAGCCACACCCCUGCCGCCGCCCAAUGGGCGAACGGGCGGCACUGGGCGGAACCGGCGGAGCCCCGCCCCAUCAUGUUCCUCUUCGCGACACCCACACCUAUACAGAGCUCGCCAUCGCCGCCGACGCCAUCCCGCGCCCCCUCGCGCAACAGCAGCUCCUCCGCCCGCUCCGGCACCCUCCGCGCCUCGGCGCUAACACGGGAUACGCCCCGCUGCGUGCUGACGGCAAUCACGGAGCCGAGCGUGCUCGACGUUGCGCAUGCCACCCCGCCCCUGGCGCGCGGCGCGAAGGCGGAUACGUUUUACGGGUUUCUGGGGCUGUUUUUGGGCGGGGAGAGUUACUAUUUUGACACUGGCGCGAUCGAGAUGGCGCCGGUGCCUUACUCCGGCACAUGGAGCGGCGACUACGACGCCAGCAUUGUGAGCAGCUAUGACAUAACGCUGCACUUCCCGGCCGUACCUCCUCCCUCUCUCCCGCUACACCUACACCUCUAG